AUGCUCCUUAUGGUUGGUGUAGUAUGCAUGGUAAUAUACGGAGUGACCUGGGUAACCUGUAUGAAAUCUCAGAAACCGAAGAAAAGGAGUGCUAAGGACUCUGGUAAGGUGUUUCUGUCGCGACACGGCAACGAUAAUAAUAUUUUUAAAAAGGGGCGCAGCUCGCAUUUCCCAUUUUAUACGAUGAAACACUUUUUAAAAGUUUUUGUGAUUGUAUAUCGACACAACUUUCCUCUAUCUUGUAAUACCAAAGGAUGUAUUUUGUGCUGUUAAAUUGGAGUGCAGCUUGCUGUUACCUUAUUAUACGAUAAAAGGUGUCCUAAUUUAAGAAAUCGAGUUUGCCCGCUUGAGGGCUGAUCAGGAACAGCAGAUGAAGAAUAGGCGAAAGAGUGUAAACAAGCACAGGACACACACCACCAGUACCACUAGUGAAGAUAGGAAGCGAAAGAAGAAGAAAAAGAAGAACAAGUAUCGAGAUGAAAUGACUAAUGUAAGUUAAUAUGAUCUGUUUUGCAAGAUUUAGGUAACAACAACUUGUUAUAAUGUCAUUUUUAUUGUCAGAAAGGUUUUCAAAUUAUAUUUUAUAUUAAAAUCGUUACCUAAACAUAAUGUCAUCUUUAGGACACAUUCGAAGAGCACAAGCCGGUAGUUCGAGAAGCGAAGAGAGGGGCGGAGAUCAGAAGGAAGAAGAAGGUGUCCAGAGACCGUACUGACUACAAGACCUUUGCCAGCGAAGAAGACAGUAGCUUCGCACCCGAUUAG